CGCCCCCGCCCCGCGCACAGCGCCCGGGUCCCCGCCCCGUCCGGCGUGCAGGGCUCUGGGUGUGGUCGCCGUCUCGAGUGGCGGAGCCUGCUCGCGCUUCGCUCCCCGCAGCCGAGCGCAAAGCAGCAGCGCGGUGGUGGCGGUCGGGUUCCAGUUCUUCACCUGAGACUCCUGAGGGAACCAGUCAUAAAGGAUGAGCGAACUGGAACAGCUGAGGCAGGAGGCCGAACAGCUGCGGAAUCAGAUCCAGGAUGCCCGGAAAGCCUGCAAUGAUGCCACCCUGGUGCAGAUCACGUCUAACAUGGACUCCGUGGGCCGGAUACAAAUGCGAACACGGCGCACGCUGCGCGGCCACCUCGCUAAGAUCUACGCCAUGCACUGGGGGUACGAUUCCAGGCUACUUGUCAGUGCCUCCCAGGAUGGAAAAUUAAUUAUUUGGGAUAGCUAUACGACAAAUAAGAUGCAUGCCAUCCCGCUGAGGUCCUCCUGGGUGAUGACCUGUGCCUACGCCCCGUCUGGGAACUACGUGGCCUGUGGAGGCCUGGACAACAUCUGCUCCAUAUACAACCUGAAGACCCGUGAGGGAAACGUGCGCGUGAGCAGAGAGCUGCCGGGGCACACGGGCUACUUGUCCUGCUGCCGGUUCUUGGACGAUGGACAAAUCAUUACCAGUUCAGGAGACACGACUUGUGCUUUGUGGGACAUCGAGACGGGGCAGCAGACGACGACCUUCGCAGGCCACUCGGGUGACGUCAUGAGCCUCUCCCUGAGCCCUGACUUGAAGACCUUUGUUUCUGGAGCCUGUGACGCGUCUUCAAAACUGUGGGAUGUCCGAGACGGGAUGUGCAGACAGUCCUUCACAGGACACAUCUCGGACAUCAAUGCUGUCAGCUUCUUCCCGAGUGGAUACGCCUUUGCCACGGGCUCUGAUGAUGCCACUUGCCGGCUCUUUGACCUCCGUGCAGACCAGGAGCUACUGCUGUAUUCUCAUGACAAUAUCAUCUGUGGCAUCACGUCGGUGGCCUUCUCAAAGAGCGGGCGCCUCCUGCUAGCUGGCUAUGACGACUUCAACUGCAGUGUGUGGGACGCGCUGAAAGGAGGCCGGGCAGGUGUCCUCGCUGGUCAUGAUAACCGUGUUAGCUGCCUAGGCGUGACAGAUGAUGGCAUGGCUGUGGCCACUGGCUCCUGGGACAGUUUUCUUAGGAUUUGGAAUUAACAGUGUUGUAUUCUCUGUUCUCCAGUGGUAUCUGGAGAAACCCAUGCUACAGCCUAUAGCUGUGAGAAAAGAAAACAACAACGAAAACUCCACCUUCUAUUUGCAGAUGAAGAUUUUUCUAUUGAUGGCUAUAAAAAAAAAAAAAAGGCAGCAUUCCAUAAACCAUAGUUUAUUGAAACUGUUGUAACAAAAAUGGUGGUAAAAGAAACAGUCAGGACUAAGGUCCCAUGCUGAGGUCAAAGGUCAGGGUAUUGAACAGUAUGGUGACUUUACCCUGACAAACUCUUGCUUGUGCUAAUUUUUUCUGUAGAUUAGAGUGCACACUGUAUGGCAGACAUGCCAUGGUGUUUGCAUUUCGUUAGAGACUACCCUUGAACUUUGUACAUAUAAGAAAUGUCACAUUUUUCAAGUGUUGUUAUGGAAGAACCAGGGCCUGGGAUAGACAGAAGUGAUGCUAGAUUGAUGUGCCAUCUGAAGGAAGUCCCCCUGGGUUCUGACAUCGCAUUUUAACCUCAGAGUCCCUCUUGGCUUCAUGACGAGGAGGGUUGAUAGGUGUCUCUGAGGGAGCCGGCUGCUGUUCACGCAUUCUUUGCCGUGCUAGGAAUUUAAUAAGUGGCCGUUUUCAACCCUUUGAGGGUACAGGUGAUGUGAAGGCCAGGGGGUAGACAUUCCACUUUGACAUAGGGGACAUGCUGAAGAAAUGUCAUUACAGUUUAUUACAUUAGUAACCAGUAGACACUGGCAUGCAAUUUUGGUAUUCUAAAAGGCUGAGCCUUUUGAACUGUUGGGCAUUGCUGUUAAUUGCACAUUCCGAAACCAAGUGUAGAGUAUAAUAGUGUUUCAGAAGUUUGACAGAACCUGACUUGUCCCCGCAUCCGAAGACUCUUGCCCAGUGUUCUCUGUAAUAGGUAGGAAACAGUGUCUCACCGUUAACAUUUCUGAGAAAUGUAAACUCAUCCACUCAGCUGGCACUAACUUAUAUAUAAGAUGGCUUUAUGAAUUCCAUGUAAUAUAAAAUGUAUGUAAUUAAUGUAAAAACAGGUAUAUAUUAUCUGUGCCCUUGAACGUUUGCGUUUCCAUUCUGGUGGUGCUGCAGAAGGAAGCCCGGGCCUUGUGCCCACCAGGCAAAUGCUUUAGUGACUUACCCGCUAGCUCCACAGAUUGAAGCCUUCUGCGGCCACUGUAGCACUGCUCUCCGUAGCAUGACGUACAUGUUUCUAAGUACCUUACCGCAAAGCAUGUCAGGAGCUGAGCAACCCUUGAGCCUGCACCACUGUUUCAGGGGGGUUCAGCCGGCAGCAGGCGACGCCAACUGCUCAGUAAAGCGUCUGCCACUGGGAUGCCCUGCGUCCAGACGGAGUAGGCGCCUCUCCUCAGUUUCUCCUGCAAAUUGAAAUGACUGACAGGGGCAGAGUGUGAAGUCUUGCUUGUGCCUCCUUGGGUUAUUUGGAUGUAUACAAACACAUUUUUUUUUUGUAACUCGGUGAAAUGUAAGCAGCUGUGUGGCAGUUUCUGUGUUAAAGUUGAUCACCUAUACGUGUGACCCAAACUGUACGAGUUUUCAUCUUUGCUCUAUGAAUGUGCCCAUGUACGUAACAGCUGUGACAAAAGACACACCAGCUUUGUUUAUUAAGGUCAGUUGAUCUUAAGAGAAUCCAGUGGACAGAGCCUCAACCCACACAGCUUCAGGAUUGGACUGGGCCAGAAAGAGAAUGGAAACCAGACACACAGACACAGGAAAGCUGGUGCCGGGUGGACUGGGCUCUGGAGAAACUGCAGAACCCAGGAAGUUCAGGAGGUUUGUUACCUGGAGUAGCAUGUGGUGGUGCUUUUGCAUACAGAUAAUCAAGGAGGCAGCGUUUAUGGUACACAGCUGGACUGAGGAGACAGGUUCAGCCAGUCUCUGCAAGAGCAUUCCCUGUAGGAAAGCAGGCUCCAGGCUGUAAACACCAGGGAACGGGAGCUAAGGCGGGCAUUUUCUACACACACCAUCAACAUUCAUCCUCAACAGGAGGGCUUUGGCAUUCUCCCAUGGGUCUGAGGCAAGGUCCUUGACACGGCAGGACCCAUGACAAUGCAUUCACUCAGGGUUUCCUGUGCUCCCGACGGGGUAGAGAGGAACUGAGAUACAGUAUUUGAAAGAAACAGACCAUCAAUGGCAAGUGUGAAUGUGUACUUUAAUUUCUGGGACCCCUUUCCUCUGUUUGUGAAAUAGGGAGGUUACUUCCCAAAUAGGGCAUGAUUUCUUUAAAAAAAAAAGGUGACAGUGCUAGCAUGGAAUCUAGCAUUCUUGUACAUACACCCAGAAAGGGCUCUACCACUGGGCUCAUCUGCAGCCUACCCCAGCCAAGCCAGAGAGCUGAGGCACAUUAGAGGACCAUCAUUAUUACCCCCAAAAGGGUGUGUGUAUAAGCCCUGCUGUGUGGCUCAGAAUCACCUUAAAACCCCAUUCAAAACAGCACUUUUAUUAUGUGUAAGAAACAGAAAAUGAGGUUUGGGGGUUUAAUCUGGGGUAAAGUGCUUGGUGUGUAAGGCCCUGGGUUCGGUCCUCAGCCAGUGAGGGGAUUAUUUGUGUUUGUCAGUCAGAAGUCAUACUAGACCAACUCUGGUCCUAUUUAGAGCUUGAAGAAUUGGCUCUGCAGUUAGGAACACUUGUUACUCUUGCAGAGAACCUGGGUUGGAGUCUCAGCAUCCACAUGGCAGCUCAGACCCAUCUGUAACUCUGGUCCCACAGAGUCUGACUUCCUUUGGCACCAGACACAUACAUAACACGCAAGCAAAACAUUCAGACACAUGUUUAAAAAUGUACUUUCAUGAAGUUUAUGUAGGACAGAAAUUAGAGGUUUCCCUUAAUGUGUAGCUGGAGAGGAUCCAUGACCAUGGAUGUGGCCAACUGCACACAGCACCAACUCUUCACACAGCAGUGACCUUACGCUGCUCUCUACUGCUCGGUGCCUUUGGGGUUUCUCUGCUGUUUCUGUUAUAGCUAAAUACAAUGGCUUGCCUGAGACUUCCUGAAAUUAGCCCACAUAAUGUGCCUUAGCAGGUUGAUGCAAAGCUUGCAUAACAUCAAGCAAAAGUCGCCUGAAAUUGGCAAGGUUUUUAUCAGUUUGCUGUGGCUCCUGCCUUGGCCUCCAGCUGGGGCCACAGGCAUGUGCACUGAGCCAUUUCCCCAAGUGUAUUGUAAAGGCACAUGUUCUUUUCUAAAACAGUGACCACCAUGUGGUUGAGUAAGCACCUCCAAGUGCUGUUCAGCAAGGACAUCUCUAGCUACCUUGAGAUGGACAAGCUCCGUUUUUGGCAGCUGUGCUUUUAGACUAAAUAUUCCAGGUUCUUUCCUAGCUCAGACUCAAGUCCUGACACACAUGUACUGUAUUGAAUUCCAGAUUCAUAAAAGCAAAGCGCUGAGGCCUGCCUGGCACUUCAAAGAGCAACAUCUAGUAAGUAGCUGUCAUUUCAAUGGCAAGCUGAUGGUGUCCUGGAAUGUAAAGAGAGAUGAAGCUAGGUGUGGUGGCGCAUGCUUGUAAUCUUCAGUUGGGAGGCUGAGGCAGCCAGCCAGGGCUAUCAGAUGGAAACCUUAUCUAGGAGGAUGGCUCAGUAGUGAAGCCUGCUGCCUGUUCUUGCAGAGAACCUGACUUUAGUUCCAAUUCAGGUGGCUGCCUGUAACUUCAAUGGAUCCGUAGUCCUGCGUCUUCCUCAGGCACCAUUUGUGCUUUGUUACUGACUAGAAUAGACAGGUGGAAUAAGCAAUCCCACAAAUGGACCUGUCCUCAUUUCAAUAAGGAGCACUCUUUUAGAAUCGGCAGGUCACCGCAGGCUCACACUAGUACUUCAGUUCUGUGUUCAGAUGCUUUUUCUCUGGCCACUGUGGAAAGCAUAGUUUAAAAGGUCUUAGCUCCACCCACAGGUCGUCUGUCCUUUAUAUGGAGGGACUGUCUUAAACUGGACCUUGUGGAGCACAAAGCACACAGUAGGUGCACUUCUGCUUCUCCUUGGUUACAACAGGUGCUCACAGGAUGUGUAAGACAGCCUUGUUAGCCACAGACUGAUGAACACCUUGUGUUUGGGAAAUGUUUUCCAUAUUGUUAAAGUCUUCUACAAGUUUUUUUUUUUUUUCCUUAAACCCAGCUGGCUGAUUUUGUAAAACUGUUGUAACAGUGUAGCAUUAUGAGGAAAAAUCUUGUUUCAACUAGUAUGAAAUGUAUCCAACACAAUCUCCCAUAGCACAGCCCAUUAACUAGGGCUUCAGUGGUUAAGCUGCAGGCUGCCCAGCCUUUUCUGUCUUUACUCAAAGGUGCUCUAGCCUAUCAUUUUCUCAUUGAAGAGGCUUCUUGAACAUCUGCAUUAUCUCACUAAAGGCACAAGACAGCCCAUACCUCAAGCGUGUCUUCAAGGUGGUUUGAGUAUUUUCCUAUAAGGCAUCUUAGAAACGUUUUUCGUAGCCUAAAUUUUCAACACAUGAAGCCAAGUGACUGUGAAUGCCAGUCAUGUGUAAAGCUUGGUCACACAAGCAGAGGACUUGUGGCAUGAUUCAACAGUAUUCUAGACACGACAGCCAUUCACUCCUUUAUUUGUACAGUUGCUUGUGAAAUACUGUUGCAGUGAGCUGAUAAUUUAUCAAUAAAGUGCUUUUCUCCAUG